AUGCAGGAAAGCUUGCGGCAAGAGACGGGACCAAGUAGAAAACGGCGAAAGAUACGGUCUCCCGAUGUGUUCAUAAGCCAUGCUGGCCCGGACAAGCUACACAUCGCACGUCCUCUUUCCAAGAAAUUGCAUGCUCAAGGUUUAAAUUGCUUCCUCGACAAAACCUCGAUGGAGCCCGGAGACUGCGGAGGGGAUGAAAUGACGAAGGCUAUGGAGUCUGCGAAGGUCGGUGUUUUCAUACUUUCUCCCGAGUUUGCGGCUCGAAAGUGGACGAUGAGGGAACUGCGUUGCUUCCUACGCCGACGUAGAGAGGCGAUAGGGAGUGAGAUGCGGCCACCGACACUGAUUCCGGUGUUUUACAGAUUAAGUAUUCGGGAAUGCAGAGAGUUGGAGCCCGAGUUGGAGCCCGAUCGGUACCGGGAUGAUGAAGGAAAUAAUAUUUUUGAAGUUGAGAAGUUUUUUAGCGUGGAACGACAGCGCGAAGCGAGCACGGAUACGGUGAAGAGAGAGCUACAAGAGCUGGCAGGUAUCACUGGGAUUGAAAAUCACGACAGGGCAACAAACCUGCCGGGAGAUGAAUUCGGCCCUCUUGCAAGGGCACAUCUUGUGGAGCGAGUGUUUCUGUGGGUGAAAAAGAAAAGUGAGGAGCAAGAAGACGACCGCCUUCACGAUCGUAUUCUACGACCCAGCACGAGCAUCGAUACUCGCGCGGCAGUCGAGCAAGAAGCGGACCACCUUCACGAUGGUGUUCAACAAGUAAGCGCGGCCGUCGAGUCGAUCAGGGGAGGAAGGGGUGAUGUGUUCAAGGCGGUAAUAAGAACCGAAUGUAAUCCUGCGUCGAUAUAUGUGAAGCUUGAUUCUAAGGGGAACGAUGGAUCACCGAACACGUGUGAGUCGCGUCUAAAAGCGGCUGUGCUACGGAGAGAUAGGAACGAGCAAGUAGGUGCGACAGCAGUAGGACAGGGCGGAGUCGGGAAGACAUGUGCCCUACGAGCGAUCGCACACGACGGUGAGAUUAAGACGGAGUUUUCGGGAGGAGUGUACUUCAUGUCGUUGGGGAAAGAUGGAAACGUGGGACGGGUGAUUGAAGAACUGUGUCUGAUUGUGGAAGCGUCCGGUGGCAAGCAGACGGCCGCGGAAAUGCGAGAGCAGAGCGAGUUUGAAAGGGUGUUAGUGAAAGUACAAGCGUGGUUUUGCAGUCAUGUGUGUCUGUUCAUCAUUGAUGAUGUGUGGGUGGUGAAUGAUAUAGAGGCGAAUAUCCUUCAAAAGUUGUCUGUUCUCGCUGACACUGCGGGGGGCAGCGGGGAAAGGAGGAGCAAACUACUGUACUCCACGAGGGAUAGGGAGCUGCGUCAGCUUGGGGAGCGGAUUGCUUUCGAGCCGAGAGAGACAGAAGGGAAAGAAGCAGUUGACAUGCUAGUGCACGCGAGCGAGGCGAAUCGAGGGGAAGUGGAUGAUGCGAGAUGCAAGGAGGCCGUGAGUGAAAUACUGGAAAUGUGUGGCGGAUUGCCGCUUGCCCUGAAUGUGGCAGGAACGAGUGUGAGGUACAUGAGGGAAAGAUGGGAGGGAGAAGUAUCAGAAGCAUGGGGGGAGUACCUUUCGAGGAUGAAGAGGCGUAACACGAUUCGUGGGGAGAGUCCGAAGGACGGAUAUUCGUCGUUGGAUGGGACAUUGCAUACGUCACUAGAUAUCCUGGAGUCAGAUGUGGGAAGGAGUGGGGAGACAUUUGGUGAUAUUUCGUUUCGAAAGAUACACCGGAGUCUGUGCGUUAUGAAGAAGCAAGACCGGAUACCUUUGAGUUUGGUUGGAGAUUUGUGGGAGCUGGACGAGGUGGAGACGGAAUGGUAUGCAAAGGAGAUGGAAAGGGUUGGAUUAGUGGAACUGCAGUAUAAGAAGGGCUGUGGUGGGUUGCGGGUGCAUGAUCUGACGCACGAUUUUGCGGUGCAGGAGGCGCAGAAGGAAGAAAGUGUAAUGGUCUGGUAUAAGAAGUUGGCAGAUGUAUGCAAGCAGGGAAGAGGACUGCUUGCUAUAACUGAGAGCGAGGGCAGAGAGAGCAAGGAUGCAAGAGAGAAGUAUGUUUUCGAGAACAUAUAUCGCGUUCUGAGACAGGGCGGGUGUGCAGAGGAGCUGAAGAAUCUAUUUUUGAAAGCGCGAUGGGUGAAGACAGUGAUACAGAGAGGAAGUGUGUGGCAAUACGAGGAAGCUGUAAAGGAUCUAAGUAGCGUUUUGAGGAACACGGGAGGAAGCGAGAGUCUUUUAAGGGAUACGGGAGAAGAAGAUUCGGUGUCUGCGAUGGAAUUGAUGAUGAGAGCUGCGCGACUGAGUGUACUGUUUUGUGGUGAAAGUAGUGCCGGGAUUUACUUUCAACUGUACGGAAGAAUCAAGCACAAGGCAUCAGAAUUAGGUAGCGUGCAAAGGAUACUCGAGGAAAUCAAGAGAUACGCACCACGGCCGUGGGUGCGGCCUGUGAGUGAGUGUGUUGCGCGAGCCGAUGGAAGGUUGGUGGAGCAGAUCGUUCUGCCAUAUGCGAGAGGUGUAAUUCAAGUGGGCAUGGAUUCCAGUGGUGAAGUGUAUGGAUGUCAAGUGCAGGGGUCCGGGGCAGAAGUAACAGUUUUCAGGCAAUCUGCUGAGAAGGAGACGAAGAUGGUUCGAUUACAAGGCGAGUUCGAAACGGAGAGCCAGAGCGCAGGGGACGUUGAAGCAAGAAGUGUAACCUCCGAAGUGACUAGAAAAAAACGGAGCAUGACGAGAGCUACGUGCGCAACUUUCUGUGAGAGGAAGGGGUAUGUUGUUGUGGGAUAUGAAGACGGGACGUUAAGGCUGUGGAGUACGUCGGAGAAGAAAGUAUUGAGAAGUUUCCACGGUCAUAGGUCGGAGGUGCGUUGCGUUGCGAUGAGUGGGGACGGAAAACGUGUGGUAUCUGGAUCGUUCGACAAGAGCGUGCGGGUGUGGGACGUGGAGACAGGAGCACAAGUCGGGGAGGCGUUAGUUGGACACACGGAUUGGGUGUAUAGCGUUGCGAUGAGUGGGGACGGAAGACGUGUGGUAUCUGGAUCGGCAGACAAGAGCGUGCGGGUGUGGGAUGUGGAGACGGGAGCACAAGUCGGGAAGGCGUUAGUUGGACACACGGAUAGUUUGCUUUGCGUUGCGAUGAGUGAGGACGGAAGACGUGUGGUAUCUGGAUCGUGGGGCAAGAGCGUGCGGGUGUGGGGCGUGGAGACGGGAGCACAAGUCGGGGAGGCGUUAGUUGGACACACGGAUUGGGUGUGUAGCGUGGCGAUGAGUGGGGACGGAAGACGUGUGGCAUCUGGAUCGUUUGACAAGAGCGUGCGAGUGUGGGACGUGGAGACGGGAGCACAAGUCGGGGAGACGUUAGUUGGACACACGAGCAAGGUGUGGAGCGUUGCGAUGAGUGGGGACGGAAGACGUGUGGUAUCUGGAUCGAUGGUCGACAGCGUGCGGGUGUGGGACGUGGAGAGGGGAGCACAAGUUGGGGAGGCGUUAGUUGGACACACGAGCAAGGUGAAGAGCGUUGCGAUGAGUGGGGACGGAAAACGUGUGGUAUCUGGAUCGGAGGACAAGAGCGUGCGGGUGUGGGACGUGGAGAUGGGAGAACAAGUUGGGGAGGCGUUAGUUGGACACACGGAUUGGGUGUAUAGCGUUGCGAUGAGUGGGGACGGAAGACGUGUGGUAUCUGGAUCGGCAGACAUGAGCGUGCGGGUGUGGGAUGUGGAGACGGGAGCACAAGUCGGGGAGGCGUUAGUUGGACACACGAGUUCGGUGUUUUGCGUUGCGAUGAGUGGGGACGGAAGACGUGUGGUAUCUGGAUCGUUUGACAAGAGCGUGCGGGUGUGGGACGUGGAGACGGGAGCACAAGUCGGGGAGGCGUUAGUUGGACACACGGGUCCGGUGGAUAGCGUUGCGAUGAGUGAGGACGGAAGACGUGUGGUAUCUGGAUCGGAUGACAAGAGCGUGCGGGUGUGGGACGUUGAGAGAGGGAUCACACUUUACAUCGGGAGGGGAGAGGAUUUGGGAGAAAUCAAGAGUCGGUUCCUGACGACGCCAGACUUGGGUACUGCUUCUCACGCCGGACGAAGAUCACAAAUAUUUUCAAAGGAGGGAGGAAUUAUUCAAAGGCGAGAGGAUGGGUCUGAGGCUGUUUUGGCCCAGUUGGACGGUCCAGAAGACUUGCAAAUAGACCACGAUCAUGGGGUCGUAAUCGGGCGGUUGGGUCAUCUGGUUGCUAUCAUGAAGCUAGUGGUGUAAAUUGCGGAAAGCGAUGGACGCUUGGCGCCCGA